AUGAGCGGUCCGAAAGUGACAGUCCUGAUUUCGGGCUCUGGGUCAAACCUGCAGGCUCUGCUGGAUGCACAGCGCCAGGGCAAGCUACCGGUCGAGUUCGUGCGAGUCAUCUCAUCCAGUGCCAAGGCGUAUGGCCUGACACGGGCAGCGCAGCACGACAUUCCCGCGACGGUGCACUCGCUAUACAAGUACAAUGCUGGGAUUGAGAAGGAGCAGACCGCAGAACGGGCUGCGGCGCGCCGGCGCUUCGAGGAAGAUCUCGCCAGCCUAGUACUGCAGGACGGGCCAGACCUAGUGGUUUGCGCCGGAUGGCUGCUGAUCCUCGGGCCAACCUUCCUGCAGCGCGUGCGCGGCGUCCCCAUCAUCAACCUGCAUCCAGCGCUGCCGGGCGCCUUCGACGGCACCACCCACGCCAUCGAGCUCGCUUGGAAUAAGUGCCAGCAGGACGGCGCGCCACUGCGCGCAGGCUGCAUGGUGCACUAUGUGAUCGAGCAGGUCGACAAAGGCACGCCGCUCGUGGUCAAGGAGCUGGAGAUCGUACCGGGCGCAGAGACGCUCGACGAGUACGAGCAGCGCGUGCACCGGACCGAGCAUGUCGCCAUCGUCGAGGGCGUCGCCGCGGCGCUGCGCGCGCAGGGCAAGCUGUAA